UAUAACUUAUUUUAGUAUUAGAUGCUCUUAAAUGUUGUUAUUUUUAAAUAAAACAGCAAGUUUUUUUUGGCAAAUUGAGAUCGCAAUAAAAGUUAAACACUGAACCUUUCUAUUUAUCUAGAACAGCAAAAAGCUAUGAAUCAACAUCUUGUUAUACUUUUUACUUAUUUCUUUCAAACAUCUUGGUUGUUAAGUGAUUAUCAUUUAAAAGAUGAAGAAUUUAAGGAAGAUUCUUCUGGUAAUGAUUCAGCAAUGGAUACAAUUGUUAAAAUUAAUCAACAAAAAGGUCAUCAUUUCUUAGAAUCCGAUAUACUGAUUGAAAACAUUCCCGAAGAAAUUAAAUUUAAAUACAAUACUCCACAUAGCAAAGUUCAAAAAAAUGGAGCCAGCAAACGUGGGUUGCGUCGCCAGCUUGAAUAUCUAUGGGUUGAAAGAAUUGUUCCUUACGAAAUAACUCCGUUUCUUGAGUCAUCAAGAAAGAUUAUUGAAGAAGCCAUGAAUCAAAUCUCAAGUGUUUCAUGCAUAAAAUUUAUCCCACAUAGCACAGAAAAAAAUUGGAUUCGCUUCAAGAAUGAGGGAGGAUGCUACUCGAGCAUUGGACGUAGUUUUUGGCGACCUGGUCAUCAAAUUAUUAGUUUAGGAAACCGAUGUCUCAUGAAAGGCACAAUAAUGCAUGAAAUUAUGCAUUCCUUAGGAUUUUGGCAUGAACAAUCGAGACCUGAUCGAGAUAAACAUGUUGAAAUAUUUUGGGAGAAUAUUCAAGACGGUGAAGAGCAUAAUUUUGAAAAAUAUGAUCGUGGUGACAUUUCGUCUCUUAACAACAAUUAUGACACCAACUCUAUUAUGCAUUACGGAAGAACUUCUUUUUCCAAAAAUGGAUUACCAACUUUAGUAGCGAUUGAUGACAAAAACAAAAAUUUAGGACAAAGGGAUUCUCUUUCAAAUGAAGAUAUUAUUCAGUUAAAUCAAUUAUACAACUGUCAAGAUACAAGUGAUAUAUAUUCACUUUGGUCUGAAUGGUCGCCAUGCAAUCCUGAAACCUUUUGUAAAAAAAGACGACAGCGAUUUUGUUCUCAUAAGAUGAAAAAGAUGUGCCCUAAAGUAAACCAAUUUGGUGUAGAAACAGAUAUUGCAGAAUGUUCUAAAGAACACUGUUUUAAACCACGUGACGGUCAUUGGAAUAAAUGGGAGUCAUGGAGCAAUUGUAGUAACUCAUGUGGAGAUGGUUUUAUAAAAAGAACACGAGUUUGCGACGAUCCUGAGCCAAAGUACGGAGGGAAAAAUUGUACGGGGUCAGAAAAAGAAAUAAAUAAAUGCUUCUUAAAACCAUGUGGACUUGGAGAUGACGAUUGUUUAUUUGAUGAACAAAAUCUAUGCUCGUGGACAGAUAGGUCAACCGAUGUUUAUAAGUGGCAAAGAAUAAAAGGCUCAACGCCAAGUGGAAACACUGGACCAGAUGGAGACCACACUUCCGGAAAAGGGUACUACUUGUAUACAGAAGCAUCUCCUCCUGCAGACAAAGGGAUGACGGCUUAUUUGGUUAGUAAAAUUUUUCCACCAGUAUUUAGGCGGUGUAUGAGGUUUUUUUAUAGUAUGCAUGGAACUGGCGUUGGCGCACUGAGGGUAUAUUUACACGAAGUGGGAAGUUUAAGGAAUAUUUUGUUAUGGGAAACAAUUGGUCCCCAAGGUUUUGAUUGGAAAGAAGGAAACAUCAUUUUAGGAAGCCAAGUUCCUUAUGAAAUUAUUUUUCAAUCAGAGCGUGGAGAAAGUUAUCUUGGAGAUAUUGGACUCGACGAUGUUACUUUUCCGUGUGAUCCAAAAGAAAAACACAUUAAAACAAAAUCUGCGCUUACAACAACCUCUUCCCCUACCAUCUUUUCCACAUUAGAUACUCUAUCAGCAAGUUGUCAAAUACAAGUGAAGCCAAUUGGAUGUUUUGCUGAAGUCCCUGAAAAGCCGGCUUUAAAACUUGCAGUAAUAAUAAAAAAUUUUGAGAACCAUGUAACGAUUCCUUCUUCAGAAAACGUCGAGGAAUCAAUAGACAGUUUGCUGUGUGAUUGCUUAAUUAUUGCUAAAGAAAAGAAUAUUCGUUUUAUCGGUUUACAAAACAUGGCGGAAUGCUGGGGAACAAAUGAAGAUAAUUAUAGCAAAUUUGGACCAAGUACGCUAUGUUUAGACAAAGAACUUAAGCCAUGUUAUCAUUCAAAUACUAAUAACGUAUGCGUCGGUAAAGCGCGCACAAAUUACAUAUAUGAAUUAAUCUAAACACUGUUUAAAUACAUAUGUUAAGUUUCUAUUUUUAUUAAAAGUAUUUAAUAGC